AUGGCACACCAAUACGACAAAAACCGCAAUGCCUCUCUCUGGGCUGGACAGUCUGGAGGGAGCAGCCAGCAAUGGCCUGACGCCUAUGUGAAGAAGAACCCUCAGACCUUGAUCAGGGAAUUCAACGAAGACCUUCCUUCCCACCCCGAAUCAGAUUUCGGUCAGUCGCCCAGUCUGUACGUCAACGGGGCAAAAGCUGAUUUUUCAGACCUCCCGUUCGAUGCGCUAUUCGGGACUUCGUUCGAGAAACAUGAUAUCGGCAUCGGCGCCGGGGGGCCGGGGUCCUGUGGUCCUUCACGAACCAUCAGCCACGCGAGCUCCAACGGGCGAGACGACUUGGAAUCCCUCACCUUCAGCCAGCCCGGUGACGACCUGUACAACGACAGUUUCGGCGAUGGCAUCUUCAAUCAUCUCAACAGCCCCGCGCCGACGACCUACUCCGAAACGAUUGUGUCGAGGGACGCUUCUUUGGAAGGCAGCCCUGCCAUGCCGAGACGCCCAUUUCUUCAUGUCCAGACAGACACUGGAAGCAUGUCGGGAAAUGCAAUGGGAUACUCGGCUGCUUCGUCCCCGGCCUCUGCUCAUGGAUUUCCCACAGGAAGCUUCAACUCCCAGAACACGCCGACGAGUGCACCCAGGCAGAGCCGAGCCAUCAAUCACCUUUCCCUCGACGGCACCAGACGCAUUAGGAGAGAGCUUCCAAGAGGCUUCCCUCUGGAUGGUCUCAUUACCACCCUCGCACGCGUUCGUUACGACUUCGAUUUCCGCGUCUAUCAAGAUGACCGACCUGCUUACACUCUCGACCUCCCGAAAUGCUACGAUUACCUCCUCACUCUCAAGUCGCAAGUAAGCGGUACAGACCGCAGCCUUCGAAACUUCAUCGACAAGGAGCUGCCCCGCAUAGAUUCCAAGAGCGACGAGUGGGAAGCCUGCAUGUCAAACGUCACCAUAGGCACCGACCCCUUAGCCCAACUCUGUACGCUGAACAAUAUGCCAAGUCGUGUGCGGUACGCCUACGUCCGCAAGAACGACUUCAGCAUGCAAGAACGAUACCUCGACCCGGAGUCCCCAGUAGAAUCAGACAACUUGAUGCUCGCCGCCCAGCUGUCCCGCAUCAUCUGCCGCAAGGUCGAAGUGAAAGGCUACGCCCACCUUCAACGGCUGUUGCACAAGUCCGACUCCUUGUCCGAAGCGGAGCUUCUCCCGUUCCUUCAAAGACUGGGUCGCAUUCUGCUCACGCUACGAUGGCGCUCUUCGUGGUGGUCUGUGAUGCUGGGCAACACCUUCAUCAACGGGGAAGACGAGAUGAUGACGGAGUGCCAGCACCGAGUCAAAACCCUGUGCAGAGUGCUGUACUUCUACUAUUGCAGUGUCAGGAGGAAGCUCGCCACGUGGUCUACCGUCAAGUCUCUGCGGGGCGUGCUUUCGAAGUAUCAGGAUACGGACUGUGAGGUUUCUGACGAUUUCCCGGGUGACGAGACGGUCGAGGCGUUUGAGGGGUGGAUGGCGAGAGGCCAGCAGUUGGUUUUUGAGGCUGGCGUUCCGAGGGUGCUGGGGUCGAUGGGGUUGCCUGCGUGA